CCAAGAAUUGUGGAUUAAUAUUCACAGGGAGCAGGAGCAGCGAAGUGCGAUGCUGAGGUGUCAAGCAGUUCUUUGAACAUUCUGCGGAAAGAAACCAAAUGGCAAAUGGAACCGUGCGAAGCAGCGUUGGUGAAAUAGCAAAGCAGGUUGGCGAGGGCGGGGAGCCCUCCCCAGUGACCCCCGCCCAGCGCCUCUGCCGGCAGCCCCAGCAACGCCUGCGGCCACCGGGGCUGUCAUUCCGUGCAAAGUGCUCAUUUUUGCCUAAAUUCUCCAUUCAUAUAGAGACAAAAUACGAGGACAACAAGGGAAGCAAUGACAGUAUUUUUGACAAAGAAGCUAAAGAUCUGGAGCGAGAAGUCUGCUUUAUUGAUAUCGCCAGUGAUGAGAUUCCUGAGCGCUAUUACAAAGAAUCAGAGGACCCUAAAUAUUUCAAGUCGCAGAAGACUGGGAGAGGCCAACUAAAGGAAGGCUGGAGAGAGACCCAUCAGCCAAUUAUGUGUUCCUACAAACUUGUGACUGUGAAGUUUGAAGUCUGGGGACUUCAAACCAGAGUAGAGCAAUUUGUGCACAAGGUGGUCAGAGAUAUCCUAUUGAUCGGUCACCGGCAGGCGUUUGCCUGGGUUGAUGAGUGGUACGAUAUGACUAUGGAUGAUGUUCGAGAAUACGAGAAAAAUAUGCAUGAAAAAACCAACAUUAAAGUUUGCAACCAACAUUCAUCUACUGUGGAUGAAAUAGAGAGCCAUGCCACAGCAAGAACAUGACGAUGGAUGAAGUCCGAGAGUUUGAACGAGCAACUCAGGAAGCCACCAACAAGAAGAUCGGGAUUUUCCCACCCGCAAUAUCUAUCUCUAGCAUUUCCAUGCCUUCUUCAACCCGCAGCGCUCCGUCUAGUGCCCCAUCAACUCCUCUCUCCACAGAUGCUCCUGAAUUCCUAACAGUUCCCAAAGACCGGCCUCGGAAAAAGUCCGCUCCAGAAACUCUCACUCUUCCAGACCUAGGGAAAAAAACCCUUUAAACCCCCCCAGCAUGUUUCCUCCUGAUAAGCCAUGUCUACCACAGCAAGAGUGACGUAACUUCAUUUCUACAAAGGUCAUGGUGGUUUGUUGGUUGUUUUUUUGCUUAACAGAAUCUUACUGGUGUGGAAAGGUUACUUCUUUUCUCAGACUUGAUCCUUCAAACCUUCAGAGAAGUGCAUGCAAGAGAACAUAGUUUAUAUAUUCCUAAUGUAGUGUUUCAAGCCAUAUGGUGUGUCUUACUGGCAAAUAAUGAAAUAGUCUGAGGGGAACCCUACGAAAGAAAAGAAAUCGUUCUGUAGCAGCGUUCAACCUACAAAUUCUCAUCUAGGUCAUAGCAUUUAUAAUUAGGAGUAGGUGUAUAGUAAAGCUGCCAAGGACUCAUGAGGCAAAUUAGCGCCAACUAGAACGCAGGGUUAACAGGAAACGAACCUUCCCAUUUUCUUCUUUUAUAGCUGAUUUUAAAACCGUUCCUACACUCAGGCUUCUCCUGUAUAUUCAUAAACCUUUGACCUGUAACUCGUUGUACUUGAACACCAACAGCAACCGCUCAGAUUCACAUUCUGCUUAAUAUGACUCAGGAUUUGGGGCCUAGCUAACAAACAUAAAACUUUUCAAACCUAAAAUACCACUGUAUCCAAGCCCCAAUUGUAAUUAAUUAUACUGACUUUGAGGCCAUUGAACUAUUUCUAUCUUGCACAGAAUUUGUAAAAGAAACCACCUGUUUCUUGUAGAUAAUGUAUUUUAAUAGCUCUCCCCUGUCCUUUUGUGAUCUCUUUAGUCUGUAUUGGUGUUCAUCAAUGGUGUUCCAUGUGUAAAAUUGAAAAAAGCAGCUAAAUUGAGCCAGUUGAGAAGCAAAACCAAUGAAUUCUGUCCUGUCUUCACUGGAAGAAGGGUGGUAGUUACGCUGUAAGACCUUGAAUGUAAAGGGAAGAAAAUAUGAGACUCCCUUUUCUUUCCUGCCUCGCUUCUUCCCUAAACAGCACAGUCUCCUCUAACAGAAAGCUGGUUCCAGGCUUUACUGUCAUCUCUAGGGAAGGGCUGAACAAAACCAGUCACUUCAAGAAGGAAAUGAGUGCUGGGGCCGCUCAGGCCGCGCAGGGUGAGGUUAAGGAAACACAAGUGCUGUGCCUGCUCUGCAUGUGAAAUCUCUCUUCAGUCUCAGGAACUCGCAUGUGGAAAAGGAUGUUUCCCAGUAGGGAGGUGUGGACUGUUGAAGGAGGAGAAAAAUAAGUGGCAAAAGUGGUCUCUUCUUUCCUUCCUUUUCAAAAUGUAAGCUCAGUGAGAAACUUGGCCCGCUGACCCCGUUCGGGGUGCUUUGUUCUCUUUCAUACGCGUUGCUGUCUGUUGAGUGCUGGCGGUGUCUGUCUCCUGGUAGCUGUAGUAGGCGUUGAAUAAGCCGCUGUUCAAUGCCAGUGAAUGAUCCCGUUACCUGAAUCAUAUCAUCAAAGUGGGUGAUAUUUGGUACCACCAGUGACAUGAUACAUGGAUUUAAAAACAAAAUGUAAAAAAAGAGAGUCCUGCGGAGCUGAGCUAUCGUGGAAUAUUGAACAAUGUUUGGGGAUGGCCUCUCGCCUGGACGGGGCAUUUGUGCCGCCUUCUCAGCACAGUGCUGUGAUUGCACUGGCUGAAAUGCACUGAACUUCUCAACGGCUGCAGAUCCAAUAGACGUUAUGUCAAAUGUGUGAUUUUAUAGGGUAGUUUUAGUAGCAGGAGAGGUAACUCCACUGCCAGCCUGCACUGAAAACAAGUGUAUAUUUGUUUGAUAGUUAAAAUCCUCUCGCUAGCAAACUGCGGGAGCUCUUGGUUGGCUGUGCGCUGACUUGAGGCGUUCUCCCGCUUACUGUCCAUGUUUUGCUUUGCUUUGCUUCUCAGAGCGGGUAAUUCUGUGUGAUUAGCAAACAAAUGGGUGAUGAUUUGUUUGUUUAAAAAGAAGCUGCUGUAAUGAUGCAAACAAAACGUUCCUACAUAAGUUUAUGAUUUCAGCUUAAAAAGUGUGCAGAUUAAGUAUUCAUGGUUAUAACUGGUCUAAUCUUUUUCUUAUUAUUUAUUUAGUAGCAAGAUUGGAACACUGGCAGAGAGGAUAAACCUUUGAAAACAUAAAACAUGGUUUGGCUGUUUUUUCAGUUCCUGAAUUUGGCCUAUGUAGAAAUAGUCUGGGUCCGCUCCACCUGAAAGUCUAUUUUUCAAUGAAUUUUUUCAUUGCUCAGCCCAAGUCAUAAUGUCCUUAUGCUUACAUAUUAUUGUUUCUAUAUACAUUUUGACAUCUGGGUUUGACACAGUCAUACCUUUACUCCUAUUCAACGGAUUGAUUUUCAAUCCCUUGCAGAUAUAUUGAUUAUCAUCUUAAGGUGUGGGGAUAAGGCAUGUAUGAAAAUUAUUAACACACCUGAAUAGGACACGUCUUAGUAGCUGUGUGACAGAGAUGUAGGAGAAAGACGCUGAUGGUGUAAUGGAAGAAUGAUGCUGCUUAAUGCUGCCACAGCCCUUCCACCUUCUCAGGAUUACCAGAUUUAUUGACCAAACAGCCUGAACUCAGCAUUGGCCACAAGGAUCAUGAUCCCGUUGCCUCCGUAUUGCUUCCUAGUGAAGGCAAAGAAAAAGAUCAGUGAGGUGUUGUUGCUUUGCAUAAGAAAUAGCCCAGGUUUUCAGGGCCUGUGUAAACAGCCUCUGCUGUGUCCUGCUUUGCUUUCCCCAUCAGUCAUCACCCAUUUGGUCAGUAUGAUCUUUAAGUAUCUUUUUCUGUUGGUUGGGUUUUGUUUGCUUUUUAAGGUAUGGUAACUUUUUCUAGAAUAUUCCCAGCAAACACACACACACACACACACACAAAAACCCACACAAAAUUAAACUAAAAGGAAGGUCUGAAUAUUUUAGUGUAACAUCUUGAGGCAAAGGGUUGUUUUCAUUCCCGAUUUUGUCGCAGAGCUUUCUGUUGGAUUUUCAAACGUGUUUAUUAGGAGGAAAACAGAGAACGUUUUGCAGGUGUUCAUCGCUGCUCUUGCAAAAGUGAAGUCUGUGAUGAUUUGGUGAGCGCAUCUCAGAGGCUGGUGCCAGCAGCAGAGCUGAACAGGCACAAUGGCCGUGUGCAUCUCUGCCGCGGGGACUGACCAACUACGCGAUGCGGCUGUGCCAGAGCUCCACGAGGAAAGUUUCAUCAAGGACAAUACAGUCCGGAGCAAAUAAUGCGAUUGUUUCGUUUGACUGUCUAUUAAAACCUCCUCCCAGCUUUGCUCAAACUUUUAUGUGUUUCGUAUAGAACAAUCAUUACAAAAUAGCUGGCAAUUCAUUGCAGUCUUCAGAAGGGUCGAUCUGAUAAAUUUAAAAAGGAAAGAAUCCGUAGAGACUAUGAGGAGCAGCACAUUCCCGAAACACAUACGCAACAGGAUUUCUUUUGAAUGUAAUGUUCGAUUUUGUAAACGACUGGAUAAAUCCUAUGGAAAGAAACUAUUUGACCUUAUUCUUUGGCUUUUUUGAUUAUUCUGGAAGGUGAUUUUGUGACAUCUAGUAGCCAGUUUGCAUUAAUUGCUGCUGUAGAGAUUUUGAAAUGGAAAUAUUUGUUCCUUGAAUUUUAGUUCGUAACAAGACCGCUGUAUUUUGUUAAAACUGCUUUGAAGCUUGCUGCACUAUAACCUCAAAACAAUGUGCUGUCAUUUGAAAUAAGCCAAAUGUAUAUGCUUUUUAUGAAUUAGUGAGUGCAGUAAGAGAGAAUUCAUUAUCUUGUCAAUAGGAGCUUUUCUGUUUCCAUUGUUUGGACUUGGUUUUAUAUAUGUAAGUUAAAAUUGCUAAAUAAGUCUAACAAUGUUUUGCUUUAAAUGAACAGCAUGGUCAUUGAAUUACAAUCUCCCGUAGUUUUGUGGUGUCACUAGAACAGGUUUCAUUGUUUUAUUUCAUUUCCGUGAUAAUUCCACGUGAGACUGAUUGUCCAGUAAUUCAGUUCUUUAUAUAGAGCGAUGAUGGCUACAUUAGGCAAUACAUCCCCACCAUCAAAAAAGGACCAAUUUUUGAGAAGCUUUGCACGUUCAAUAAUGCAAGGCUCAGCAGGAGAAUUUGAUUGUCAUAUUUCUCAUUCAUAUCACCUAGUUUCUGAUUUUUCCAAGUUAUUUAUUAUUUUUAAUAUUGUAUUUUUCCUUGCAUUGUGUUGUAAAUAAACUACCAACAAUUAUUCUUUACAA